CAUUAGUUCAUUAUUCAAGUCUAGAAAAUGAAGAACAGAGGUUGCAAGUGUGGAAGUCCUGUUGGUGGAUAUACCAAAUUUUAAGUGCACUUCUAAUUACUCAUGAAUGUGUCCAGAAAGAAAAAACUUUGUGUCAAAAUUGUAUCACUGGACUCCACAGGGUUAUUGACCACAGAAUAGAGUGACUUAAAAUGGAAAGGAAAAGGAAGUUAGAGGAUGAUCCCAGUUCUGAAAUCCUUUAUGGAGAGGGACCUGCAAAAGUUAGAGCUGUUGAGGAAGCUCCAAAGAAGCAUUCAUUGGACUCAGAUGAGGAAGAAGAGGGUAACAGCAGAAACUAUGACAUACUCCGAGAUGAUGACAUAGAAGGACAAGAAGAGAAGACUGUGGAAUUUGAUGGUGACAUCCAGAUCAUGCCAUUCAACAUGCAGGAAGAAUUGGAAGAAGGUCAUUUUGACAAGGAUGGACAUUAUAUACGGAAGGAUGAUAAGGAGCUCGUCAAGGACCAUUGGCUGGAUAAUAUUGAUUGGGUGAAGGUGAAGGAGCGACAGGCAGAGGCCAAUGAGGAUGAAGAUGAUGAAGAUACAGAGUCCCUGGGACAGGAUGAAAUUAUGAAGGCAUAUGAAGAGAUCCUCUCAAUUCUUCAGCCAGGAGAGACUGUUGCCAAGGCUCUCACAAGGCUUGGUGGUGGCAAGAAGAAGAAGCCCUUAAGCUCCUUGGAGAGGUUGAAAAUGAAGAAGCGAGGUGAGAUGGAGGAUGCUGAAGAUGCAGAAAACAAGGCUAAAAUGCUCAAAUUGACUGGGCUAGCUGAUGGACUGCUCACAAGUCUUGGAGACAUGGAUGUCUACCAAUAUACGUAUGAAUCUAUGGAUAUUCUGAAACCAUCCAAGGACCCUAUGGAUAUGUUUGCUGAUGAUGAUGAUCCUCGAAUCCAUGAAAAAGAGCAAGCAUCCAAACCGGACAAUGUGACUUGGGAAUGGAGAGUAGGAUCAGAGAAGGAGGUGAAAGGACCUUUCUCAUCGGAGAAGAUGAAAGAAAUGAAAGAGGUGAGGGAGUUCCCUGAGGGGGACAUCCAGGUGCGGCAAAUCUGCACGGAAGGGAAGUGGUACUCCCUCAAUCGCAUUGAUUUCGAUCUCUACUUGUGACUGAUGAGAGCAUCUGACUCUGGUGCCAGUGGGGA